AUGAUCACACUAAAAUCCGAGAAUGUAUCCCAAGACAAAAGGGAUAAACUACUAGAGAAUUUGGACACGUUAAAACAAGGAAUACCGGACUUGAAUAAAUAUGUUGACGAUUCCACUAACGAUCUGGAUGUAGGAUUUGUGCAAGAAAGAACAGAUCAACUUGUUGAAUGGUACGAAAGACUUAAAUCUGAUGUAGCUGCAGCUCAAGGAGGUAACACAAACGAAACAUGUGAUGUUCAAUGUCCUAAUGCGAGAUGGAAUUAUGAUGCCGAUGUUUGCAGUUGUACAUGUGAUGUUCAAAAUUGCAACAAUGGAGAAGUUUUCGAUCCUUGGGGUUGUCAAUGUGUGGAACAGACUGAUUGUACUGAAACUUCAGAAUCAUGUGGCGACGAAAUAUUGGAUUAUGCAACGUGUACAUGCAAACCAGCACCUUAA